AUGGAGGAGUUCCACCACAACUUGAAGGCGGCACAUGGGUUCAAGAAGGGGCAGCGGCCGCGGGGGAGUAAAGGCGGUGGGCGCCGGGCCGUCGGCGAGGAGAACUUGUCGUUCGAGGUGAAGUCGCUGAUGGGCGAGGCGAACCAGGCGUUCGCCUUCAGCCAGCUGGAUAAGGCUAUGGGACUGGUCAAGAAAGUGAUCCAGAUCGAGGCGGGCGUGUAUUCGGCGUGGAAGAUCCUGGGAGAGAUCUUUAAGGAGAAGGGCGAAGACCACAAGUGUCUGCUGGCGUGGUUGACGGCCGCCCAUGCGAAACCGAAGGAUUGGGAGCUGUGGCUCAUGUGUGCCAAGAUGAGUCUGGAUCAGUAUGGGCCCGAUAAGCAUAAUUACCGCGACCAGGCUAUCUACUGCUAUAACCGCGCGAUCAGAGCGAACCCGGACAAUAUCGACGCCGUCUACGACCGCGCGCUAUUGUUGAAGGAGACGGGCCAACUCCACAAGGCGGCAGAGGGAUUCGGAAUGCUGAACAAAUUGCUGCCGAACGACAUGUCAAUUCUGAGGGAGAUUGCCGCCUUAUAUAUUGAGCUGAAGAAGAUCCCGCUGGCGAUCGAGUAUUAUACGCGGAGUAUCGAGUUUUUCAAGACCACCGGCAACACGGAUAGAACCUUUGGCUGGUCGGAAUUAAAUAUCCUCGUCGAGCUGUACAUGAUGUCGAAACGGUGGGACGACGCGAUCAAGGUGUUGAAGACGAAUGCCCGAUGGCUGUACGGAAGGGCGGAGGAGAAGUAUUGGGAAAAGCUGAACGACGACCGAGAGUGGGAUAAGACGGAUGCGCGACGGAAGUCGAUCCGAGAAUACGUGCGGGCACGGUUCGAUGAGGAGACGUACUCGCUCCCCCUUGAGUUGCGAGUAAAGCUGGGAGUUUGUCGGGUGUACCAAUCCAAUGAGAAGGAAGCCCUCGUACACUUUGAGUUCCUAAACGAGGAGGAUCCGGUCGAGUAUUACGAUGUGUUCCAGGAAGCGGGUGAUGCCCUCUUCGCAGCUAAGGCCUACGAAGAGGCCAUCCACUACUACUCGUCGGUGGUGGAGGGGACACAAUUCCUCGACAAGAAGCUGUGGUUCAACAUGGCCACCUGCUACAAGGCCCUCAACCAGGUUGAAGAUGCCGAGGACUGCUACGCCACCGUGCUGGAAGCAUACAGUAAGGACACCGACGCCAUGAUGGAGCUCGCCAGUAUCUACGAAGUGUCGAACCGGAAGGCGGAGGCGUUGGAACUCGUCAACGAGGUUAUCGCACUCCGGCGGGAAAGGGAAACCGCAGACAAGAACACUGCAUCGGAGAAACGUGCCGCCGCCGAGCCGAUUGCGCAGCCCGGAAACGAUCCCAUGGCAUUCUUCCCCAACCAGCCCGCGCCGCGUCGAGUUCGGAAGCGCCGGCCAGGUGCGAUCACCAACGAAGAGCGAGCUGAGAUGAACGCGAGGAAAACGGAACAGACGGCGGUCAAAUACAGGAAGCUCGAGUAUCUCCGUGCGAAAAUGGAGGAGGGCGAUACAGCAACCAUCAAGGACUGGCUCGACACGGCCGGCGAUCUGGUCGACGACUUCCGCAAUACGAAGGCGCUGUUUCCGUCGGAGAAGGGCAAGGCGUUCAAGGGAUUCAUUUCCACCGCGCAGCGGCGUGAAAAGGCAAAGGGAGAUGCAGAACAACUGGAGAGGAUGCAGCACCGUCUGGAGGAAUCGCUUACUUUCCAGGACGACCAGAUCGACACCAUCGCCAAAGACGCCACCACAUUCCGCGGCCUCGACUUUGAUACCUGGCUGUACAUCUUCAUGCAGUACGCGCUAUGUCUCGCCAAGUACGACAACUACCAGGACGCGUACGACGUGUGCAGCGUCGCCAAGGAAGCAAACGUCUUCUACCUCGACAAGAGCAAAGUCUUCACGAUCUGGACGACAUGGCUCGCGUGCGCGAUCUGGGUUCACGAUUCGGAGUCGUGCAGUACGAUCUCCCGAUGGUUCAUGACCACGUACCAGUUCCAGACCGAAGCAUACUCGCUGUUCGUCGGAUCGCUGACGAUGUCGCGUAACGGAAUGGAAGUGUUCCACAACAAUGCGAAUCAGAAGUUCUUGCUGAGGCAGAUCAAAAUCAUGGAUGAGAGCAUCGAGGGGAAGAAGCGCACCAAUGCCGCAAGUCUUACAAAUAUCGAUGAGGAGGGUAGGGAGUACAAGCCCGAGCGGUUGGACACCAAUUUGUUGAUGCUGUACGGACAUAUUCUUGCUAGCGGGAAGAGUUAUAUCUCCGCACUGAACUAUUACACGCGUGUCUUCACCGUCGCCCCUAAGAACCCCAUGGUCCUCCUCUCGAUAUCCCUCGCCUACCUCCACCGCAGCAUGCAGCGGCAAUCCGAAAACCGGCACAUGCAAGCGCUGCAAGCCAUAACCUUCCUCUACGAAUACACCGACACGCGCACUAACCCGCCGACACCUCUACCAGCGGCGGAGCAAGCAGCACUCGAGCAAGAAGUCUCCUUCAACGCGGCGCGCUCCUUCCACCACCUGGGCCUAACCCACCUAGCAAUACCUUACUACCACCGCUGCCUCGAGAUCUCAGACACAUGGGCGGCGCAGGGCGGCGUAGCGGGCGAUCUCAAGUGGGAGUCCGCAUACAUGCUGCAGAUGAUCUAUGUCACGAGCGGGAACAUGACGGAGGCACGGCGCGUUACGGAGCAAUGGCUAGUCGUGUAG